GCACUCUCAGCUACCUCAUAGUGCUUCAAACAAUGGUCCAGACGAAGAGAAUCACCCUUUACGCCUCAGUGGACUCUCCGUUCCCGCACAGGGUCCGUCUUGCACUCGAGGAAGCUAAGGCAAAGUACGACAUUAUCUGGAUCGACUUGAUCGCGAAGCCCGAAUGGUUUGAGAAGAAGGUCAAUAAGGCCGGUGGCAAGGUGCCCACGCUCAUCUACGGCGGUGGAGAGCUGCACGAGGACGAGGAGCCCUCUCCCGACGCCGCCACCUUGGUGGAGUCCCUUGUCAUCUUGGAGUUCCUCGCCGACACCUUCCCUGAGGCCCACCUCCUCCCAGCCGAUCCGCUUCUGCGGGCACGCGCCCGCACCUUCUACAUGUUCAUCGAAACGAAGCUCAUUGUAGCGUUCUUGGGCUUCAUUUUCGCCACCGUGUCCGCGGACGACAUGCUCGCGCUCCUGGAGACAAUCCAGGGAAUGCUUCCGCCCACCGGCUAUGUCGUCGGGGAGUGGUCGAUCGCCGACGCUGCCUUUUCUCCUAUCCUUCUUCGUUGGGUCCACUCGCUCGAGAAUGGGCUGGCGAUGUUUACGCCGGAAACUGUGAAGCAGUCGCGGGACGCCUUCAACUCUCCCCGCUUCGACCGGCUGCGCAAGUACCUCGAGGACAAUGUGGCGCGCCCCAGCAUGAGCAAGACCUACGACAGGGAGGCCCUCGAGAAGACUAUGGUGCGGCGCCUCGAGAGGUUCCGCAAGACCGGAGUCAUAACCAGCGAGCUGAAGAUGCCCCUCCCCUGAGAAAACAGCACAUUUUUUUAUCUCUCUGCCACAAAGUCGUAAUGUUAGAAUUUGGUUGAAAUCGAGCAAAAUUA